GCGGCGGACACGGAGAGAAAGCCAGAGAGGAACGGGCAGAUCGGAAUCACGUGGCGCUACGAGCUCCGCAGGAAGCUUCCGACCGCAAGAGACGCGACAUGGAAGAAAAGUGUAGCGUGCUGUUUGAUGGUCGUUGGAGGGACGAUCCUAGGUCGUCCAUCUCCCCCAGUGUUACUCCCCGCUUCAUCUCUCGAUCCUAUUCAUACCCACCUUCUGAUUGAAUAGCCCUCGUGUCCGUCCGUCCUUUUCCAGCCUCACCGUUACCUCGAUCGCUUCCCUGCGUGUUGUUCCCCGCCGUUGAAGCUCCAGUCGUUCAGUCAACAUUCUCUUUUCCCACACCCACGAUAUCGAUUUCCGA